AUGUUAGUAGAAUUAUCAGACACUGUGAAUGAAAAGGGAGAAAAAGUUAAUCUAAGGCCUAUUAAGAUUGUUAUUCAGAAGUCAGCUCCGAAGGCUGUGUAUCCUCUAUUGUAUGUGAAAACGUUUAACGGAAAACCAACAGAAAGCAUAAUUUACAAAGAUGACAUUCUUGUUCCAACUUGUGAUGAUUCUUCAAAAUCAGCAGCUCCAACUUGUGGUUGGGUAAAGGAUAGCCAAGGAAACAAAAUACCUGAUAGCCAAGGCUUUUGUUGCUCCUGUUCAGUAGGACAAAUGUUCGGGGACAGUUCAGCGUCUAAUAGAGGCGCUCUUAAUUGUGGAUUUAUGCAAAUGAAGUCUUCUGCUCACUGUUUACGUCUGGGAGAAGUUUACUGGGAUGCUUAUGAAAUAGAAGGUUAUGUUAUGUCAUUUGAAAUAUCAGUAUUCAUAGGUGAAACUGGGUUUGAUGAUAUUGGAAAAGUCACUGUUUCACCAUCAUCUAAGUUAGCCCAACUGCCAAAAGGAGGAAGAGUAGAGCUUGAAGGGGACUUCUCUGCUUACAAAUCAGUCCCACUUUAUGAAAGCAAGUAUCUAUUCAUUCCAAGCUCUCCCAAAACAAGUCCAAUAGUGGUCAACGGCCAAGCCAACUGGAUGUUUAUUGACAAAUCAAUGGUUACCUUAAGUGGUUCAGAAUGCGAUAAAAUUGGUGUGUCAUAUGCUCAGUUCAGAAACCAACCAAAUGCAUGCUCAAGACCAGCACUUACUUGUCUAGCAAAUCAAAUAGAAGAUCUAAGACUUGCAGACGUUGAAUUAAUGAAAUCAGGCCUAAAAUCUGGAAAAUAUAUUGUUUCGAAUUUUGGAUCAUUUGCUGUUAACAAAACCAAUACAGGAAAUGUAUUAGAAAAGUAUUUGGAUGAAGAUACUAAUUCUCAGAUCAAUUUGUAUAUUAAUGGUGAAAAUGUAAAGUUUCUAAUAACCAAAAGUGCAGCUGAAAUUUCAGAAGCAUAUGUUAAAACAUUUACUUCCCUUUCCAAAGAAGGUGAAAUGUUGGUUAGUGUGAAAAACAAAGGCGCAAAUGGUUGUUCCUACGUUGUAACAGUAACAGAAUGCAGUGACAACAUUCUUACAAUUGUUCAACAAACAGUAUUUGUAGAUGCAUCUAAUAAGAAAGAAUUAACCUUUCAAGUUAGAUCAGAGCAGAAACUAGCCACAACCAAUCAGUGCAAAGUAACUCUGUUGUUUUCUGAUGGUGAAAAAAUUCAAGAUAUCACAGUUACCUUUGACUCAAAGGAUUACGCUUAUGAAAAUGCAAUGGAAAGCAGUGGAGAACAAACAGGAAAAGUGGAAACAGAAGGAGAUCACUCACUAGGUCAAUGUAAAUGUAACUCCCCAUUCGAUGUGGUCUGUAUUGUUCUCAAUUCAAGCUCAUGUACCUCCUACAUUAUUGGUUGGGUUGCCUCAAUAGUUGGUAUUAUUGCAACUCCUGUAAUCUUUGUCUUUUUGUGGAGAUGUGGUCUAUUUGGCCUAAUGUUCAAGACGUGUAAAUGUUGUGCUUGUUGCUGUUCCUUUCUUCCAACAAGUAUUAUGAAUUGUCUUAUUGGUCCUUAUAAGAAGAAAUCCAAAAAAUCCAAGAAAUCCAAAAAGAAGAAACGUCACCACUCUUCCUCUGAUAGUGAAGAUGAAAAGAAAUCCAAAAAGAAAAAGAAGAAGAGCAAGAAGAAUAAGAAGAGAAGGAAGAAGAGACGUCAACAACGUAGAGAUGAUUUUGAAAUGGACUAUUACAAUGACAGAUACUCAAAGAGGAGAAGUCACAAGGAUAUUGAACAUGAUCCAAUUGCUAGGUAUAAAUAG